UUUAUAAGGAAUAUUCCAGAAGAGCAUUAUUCAUUUUCGGCAUAUCUUUCGGUGGCUGCUGUAGCUUAAGCAUUAGGUGUUAACCACUGUGAGAACAUGUUUGCAUGUCGGUGAUUCUGGUAUCAAUACGGAUUCAAGUGUUUUGUGGGAGCGUUUCUUGACCUUUAUAUGCCAGUCGUGUUAGACUAUUCUAAACAAGGAAUACGUACCCUGCCAUCUCAUUGACUUGUUGUAUGUCUCGUCCACCUCCAGUUCCGUUUUUGUGCCGUACCCAAAGUGAAUCGCAUAUAAAACUACGCAGAAUGCCAAGCAAUGUGAAGUCAAACUGUCCACUGGAUGAGCGCAUGCGGACUGCCAGCGUGCGACCACAUCCCAGUCGUUUAGCAUUAGUCCACGAAGCACGCAGUGAAGGGACCCUGCCCAUAAGUCCUAACAGCAUCGUUAUACCCAAACGUUGUUGGAGAGUAGUGAUACUUGGAGCUGGUCAAGUUGGAAAGACAUCCAUAUUAUCUCGCUUUAUGCAUAAAAGAUUUCCUACUGAGCGUACAUCUACGUCGAGGCCGUCUGCUGACGAGAUGCAGCGUGUUGACUAUUCCAUCGGUGGUGUACAGAUGACUGCCGAAAUUUUAGAUACAUCGGGUUAUCAUAAUUUUCCCGCCAUGCAGGAAGUAGCCAUUCGGCAAGCCGAUGCGUUUAUCCUAGUAUUUGGUGUAAAUUCGGAAGAAUCUCUGGAACGUGUUAAAAGUAUUCACCAGGAAAUCAUUCGCAUUAAACAAUAUGAACAGAAGUGCAGCAUUAUACCGACCGUUGUCGUGUGCAACAAGAUGGAUCUGCCGGCCGCGGAAUGCGUGGUGGAUGUCAAUUAUGUGCAGUUUCUGGUUAAAUGCGACUGGGAGAAUUGUGGGAUUGUCAAAGCCAGCGCCAAGGAUGAUUACGGCGUAAAGGACUGCUUUAAAGAGUUGUUGUUGGGAUUGAAGCUGCGCUUACCGCGAAAUACGGUCGUCAAACGUGUGAGCCGGGGACUGGCACGCAUCCAUUCUGCUCCCGCCGGCCUCCGCACCAAUUCCGUUAAGUUCGGCUCACCGAAACUCCUCAGUAAAUUUCGUGGUCAAUCACUGCCCGUUGCCGAUGAUGACGAAUGUAUUAUUACAUGACCUGUAUACUUUGAUCGCCAUCUCACCUUGUCCGUUCACAAGUACCGUUAUUGUUUAUGUCUGUGAUAAGUCGAUCGACUUUUUUCAUCUUUGAUAAAUGCAGGGUUAAUUGUCUGUUGAAUUAUUAUAUAUAUUGUUUAAGUGGAAAAUUUUUCCACUGUUUUAAAAUAUCAGCAGCUAAUAUGACAUCCUUUUGUCUGUUACAGAUUAGUUUACAAACGUCUUACAAUAUUGGCUUGCAAUAGAGCUCUGCAUGCUGCAAAUCUUUGUCUUAUUUUGAGUAGUGAACACUAUGUGUUUCCAUAAAAA